GCCUCUCUCUCAAUUCUAUCAGUUGAAAAUGUAUAGCAGGUGAAACCACUGCUGCGACCCCACCACCACCACCCGCUUUACAUAUGUGCCAACUGAGGCUCAGAGAGGGCCAGGGGCCGGCUAGCUCUCUGGUCAUUUAGGGGGCACUAGGCCCUGAGUGCAGAGAGACCGGGGUUAGGCUUAGGGUUGAUAAGUGAUGAAUGGAUGCAUGGGUGAUGGAUGCAUGGAUGAGUGGACGGAUGAAUUCAUAGGGCAUGGUUACAUGGAUUGGUAGCUAUAUGGUUGAAUAAUCUACAGGAAUGGCUGGAUGGUGAAUGGUGGUGAACAUUAACCUGGAACAAUGGAUGAGUGUUCAGGAUGGAUCCUCACACAGAUCUUGUUUCCCCCAAAGCUGGGCCACUCCCCCCCCCCAACCUUCCCCAAGCAGCUCCACCUCCAGAGCCCCCUCUUCCUGCCCCCUCUUCCCAGGUCUGACUGGUUUUUCUAUGACUGCCGCCUCCUCAGACAUGUGGCCGUGGGCCUCUUCUGCUGUGGGGUCUCUGUCUACCUAGCAGGACUAUCCAUCUAUGCUCUGCUGCUCUUCGAGAUCGAGGCGGGAGCAGCAGCCGCCUCCAUCCUCGGCUUGGGCGCCCUGGCCCUGGUGGCCGUGCUGACCCACGCGCUGCUCCGGGCUGCCCAGGCCACCCGCCGGGGUCUCCGUGAGCUGUCCCCACCGCACUUCGAAGAUGACCCUGCCCGCUCCGCUGAAGUCUCCAAGGCCAGCCCCAGGGCUCCGCCCCAGCAGGGUACCCACCACCAAAUCCCCUACUCAUUCUGCCCAGAACCUGGGGACCCCCUCAGACCCUCAGUCACUGCCUCCAUGCCUGCAUCUGUGGGGGGUGUCCGGGAGAGCAGCCUGUCUGCAUCCUGCAUGCACCGGACACUGUUGGUCGGUGGGGGGCACUGGGAAGGGGUCACCCAUGAGAUGCGCAGCAUGCUGGGACACAAGCCAGGGGGGUUGGGGAAAGAUUCCACACUGGUGUGAGCUCAGGGGUCAGGGACAGAGAGCUGGUGUCAGGCAGCAGAAAGAGCCGUCUGCAGAGAUCAGUCACAGUAGCAGUACAGCGUGGUUUCUCUUUCAGUUCGUAGCAUCUCUGGCUUUUGCCCUCAAAGUUGCCUCAUGGCACAAAAUGGCUGCCAGGGUUCCAGCCUUCACACCCUCAUUCAUAGAGAAAGGCAGAGGCCAGGGCUGGCUCAGCAUCUUUCCAAAGUCUUCCUGGGAGGCCUUGGGACCUUUCUGCUUAUUUCGCACUGAUCAGGACAUGGCCACAACUUGCUGCAGGGGAGACUGGGAAAUGCAGCAACGCAGACAAUGAGGUUCUGGGAUAGGCAGGAGGGGCGGGUGGGGCUUAGGCAGUGGUUCUCUAAAUGUCUCCGUCCAUUUUACAGAUGAGGAAACCGAGGCCCAGAGAGGGGCAGUGACUCACCACGGGUCCCCCGGCCAGUACUGAGCAUCAGAGCCAGGUCCUGUAACCCCCAUGCUGCUGACAGUGCAAGUCUCUGCGACUCCUUCCAGUCUGUGAGCAUUUGAAACCUGUGUGUGCAGAGCUCAGAGAAGCCCAGGGCCACAGCAGCCCUGCAGGGCUGCACCCAGACUCCUGGCUGUGGGUCCGUGGUGAGGGCUUCACCACUCCGUGUCUCAGUUUCCUUGUCUGUAACAUGGGGACAGAAUCGAUCCCUCUGCCUAGGGCUCCCAUGAGACUCCGUGUAAGCCAUUCCGGGGGCCUGUGCACAGUAGGUUGUCAAUGUAUGGCAGCUGAGGCGCCUGGUGGCUGAGAAAGAUGGGCUGAUGGCCAGGUUCUGGGGCUCGUGGAACUGGCAGCGCUUGGAGUGGAUAACUCAGUCCCAGGAGUCUCCAGGGGCCCUGGCCCCACUCCCAUCCUGCAAAUAAACUCUGGCCCGCACUAUCU